AUUUUCGUUGAGAGGGCUUUCCGCUUUUGGAUUACGUACUGAAUACGCGCGUCUGAGUACGCCGAAGAUUCGAGUCUGCCUGUGCGACGUUUAGUGAAACAUAUGGGGGAGGCAAAGGUCUUAUGAAUGCUGCUAUCGCGGAAGUAACUUAUUCAACAAGGCUCGUGAUUCUCGCUCGGUUUGGCAAUGCAGAUUUAGUGGGCGUUUGUUGUAGCAGCAGCUUCUAAUCAUCCAAGAUGUACGCAUUCAUCCUUAUUAUCGGUUCGGUCGUCUGCACGCACGCAACAUUUUAUCCUGACUUCAAAGGCGACCAUUUCAUGAGCAAUAUGCUUUUGCAAAACUUAAUUGAGCGUAUGAGUAACGAGCUCGCUGACGAAGACUCUUACAUCGACAAUCGUGAUGUUGGUCGAGGAUUACCAGACAAAGAGAUUCCCAUUGAAUUACCCAUCGAUUACGAUGGCAUCGACGCACUCAAUCCUAAGACUAGCAUCCGCGACCAGGAAUACUUGCAGCACAGCACCCUAUGGUCACAUCAACAACUCAAUAAUUACAAGAGCAAUGACAGACACAAAAUCAAACCAGGAAAUGCUGCAGCCGUAUCUGCUGUUGCUACUGCUACUGGAAAAACUAAAGAUGGAAAAAGUGAGACGCAAUUGCCUGCUUAUUGCACACCACCUAAUCCUUGCCCUGUUGGAUAUACUAGCGAGAACCAGUGUAUCGAGAAUUUCGAGAACACAGCGGCUUUCAGUCGUGACUACCAGAGCGCACAAGAAUGUAUGUGCGAUUCCGAGCACAUGAUCGAAUGUCCAAAUAGCGUUGAUGAAGAUAGCAAUGUUGUACCUGGAAUGCCCAUUACUAAUGCCGAUUUUGAUCAGAUCGUUGAGCGAUUUGAGGAAGACAACCCAUACUUCCGAGGUGAAAAAUUGCCCAUUGCUGCGAAAAAAGGAUUCAAUAUCGCCAUUUAAAGAUCAUAUCAAAUAUAAAAUUGAUCGCAUCAAUGCGAUUUCAAGAAAAUUUUUUCAAUAUUCGUAUACUUAAUAUAAAUCAGACAGAAUAAUAAGCUGUUGAAAACAGUCAUGAGCGUUCCUUGAAAAUUGUACAAACGCACUUGUGAGAUAUUUCAAUUUUAAAAUAUCGAGACCAAUUUAUGAAAAGUGAACUUAUAAGAUUGUAUUUAUUAAUGUUGACGAAAUGAUAAAUGAUUCACAUUUUUUUUGCAAUGUGAUAUUUCUCUGGGUCCAGAGUACUUAAAUUAUAUUGCAAACUUUCGUUUUCUAUAUUUGUUGUACCGAUUGAAAGAUAUAUCAAUGGUAUUUAGUUAAAAAUAUAUGAUUAGCUGUUUUAUGUAGAGUUUAUCAAACAAACUCAUUAUCUAUAGCUUAUAAAUGGAUUUGAGAACAAAUAUAUUUUUAAAUUUAAGCAAACUGCAGAAAUUUU